AUGUCCUUCUCGUCGCGGCGGCGCAACUACAUGCUCGUGAGCCACCGGCGCGACCAGUUCAUCGAGUUCAUCAAGGGCCUGCUGCAGCCGAGCUUCGUGCUCGACGCCCUCGCGGAGAGCGCGUCCAACUCCUGGGCCCACGUCGAGGAGCUCGUCGAGGAGUACCGCCACGAGACGCCGGGCGAGCCGAGCCGCCUGCGCACGGCCGUGCCGUCGCUGGGCAUCUUCCACACGGCGCUGCCGCUCGAGGCCGCGUGGCGGAGCUUCGACGCGCGGUUCAAGGUCAGCGCGCGGCGCUUCGUCGCGCCGAGCUUCAACGAGAUCCGGGAAAUCUUGAACCUGGCCCAGGUCAUGGCCUUCGAGCGGUCGCCGCUCAAGUUCGUGUCCUUCGACGGCGACUGCACGCUCUACUCCGACGGCAAGAACUUCGACGACGCCGCGCUCGCGGGCCAGAUCGAGCGGCUCCUGGCUGCGGGCGUCACGGUGGCGCUCGUCACGGCCGCGGGCUACGGCUACGAGGCGGACAAGUACGAGAAGCGUCUGGAGGGUUUGCUGCGCGUCUUCGACGACUUGGCGGUGCCGGCCGACGCGCUCCGCCGGUUCUACGUGUGCGGCGGCGAGUGCAACUACCUGCUCCAGCUCGACCGCGAUGCGGGCGGCGCCGCGACGCUGCGGAGCCGCGAGGCGACCUGGGACGUGACCUUCGAGGAGGCCGCGGCGGCGACGCUGCUCGACGCGGCGGAGGCGAGCCUCCGGGGGUCCGCGGACGACAUGGGCCUCGCGGGCGCGCGCGUGAUCCGCAAGACGCGCGCCGUCGGCUUGAUCCCGCGCGUGCCGCGGCGCGAGCAGCUCGACGAGGCCGUGCUCCGCGUGCAGGACGCGCUCCGGGCGUGCCGGUCCUCCGUGCCGUUCUGCGCGUUCAACGGCGGCUCCGACGUCUGGGUCGACGUCGGCACGAAGCGCGAGGGCGUCCAGGGCUUCCAGCGCCUCCUGGGCAUCCGGCCGGAGAACUGCCUCCACGUGGGCGACCAGUUCCUCAUCACGGGCAACGACUACGCGUCGCGGUCGUCGUGCCCCUGCCUCUGGAUCACGAACCCGACGGAGACGAAGCGCGUCCUCGCGGACAUCCUGGCCGUCGUCGACGGCUCGGGCGUCGACGGCCGCCGCACGCCGCCCGUGUCGCCCCGCGCCGCCGGCGACGCGCCGCCGGCGCCGCCGUCCGCGGCGCGGAGCCGCGCGGCGACGGCCUGCCCGCCGGCCGGGCCCUGA